AUGAGUUACGCAGUAUUUGAGCCUUCAGGAGAGUAAGGGAAGCCAGACAUUAUAGAGACAGUUGGACAAGGCUGACAGACUCCCACUCCAAUCCCACUACAGAUACCAAGGUAGAUUGAAAUUUGGCAUCCAGAUUUUAGUCAUCAUCACGCAUCCAGUUAAUUUCAUUAGUCGGUUCAUCACUGGAGGUGGAACAGAUGAUCACUAAUGUUUGUUUCUGCAGAAGAGUUUGCUCCAUGCUUGUUGUUUCUUCAGGUAGUGUUUUUGUUACGCUCUUAGGCGUUUAUUACUGUGUGACUUUUUGAUUUCCCAACGGUGUGCUCCUCUGGAAUACCAUCACUCUGUCUUUGAACUCUGUCUCGAACUGCCUUCACCAAUGCUGACUGAAACGUAUGGAGCCAUGUCCAUGGGGUCAGAUGUUCGAGAUCUGACCCUCUUACCUCCAGCACCUCCCGUGCCAUCCUUACCAGGAGCAGGUGGUGGCUGUGGGAUGUCUGUUGGAAGUGGCCAGUGGACCCAACUGCUGGACCUCCACCCUGGCUCUCCCUACAGCUCCCUGCCCUCCCACCACUCCCUUAUCAAGCAGGAACCAGGUUGGGGCACCACUGACUCCAUAGAGGACCCUCACUGUGGACUCGGGGCCUUCACAGUGCACUUCUCAGGCCAGUUUACAGGGUCAGGACCCUGUCGGGUCGGGACCUUCGGAGAACCAACUUCAGGUCAACCCAGAGUGUUUCCCAGUGGAACCUACCUGCCUGGCUGUGUGGACAGUCCCCCUGCACCCAGGAACCAGGGCUAUGGAGCAGUGGGUUUGGACAGCAACCCCAGUUAUGGUCACACUCCGUCUCACCACACCCCUCAGCUCUCCAGCCUGUCCUUCAAACACGAGGACACACUGUCACCGCCAAACAACAUAGUUGACCAGUACACGGCUCCUCCUCCCAUGUUUGGUUGCCACAAUCCUUCAGAAUCCUGCCCGAGCAGCCAAGCUCUGCUGCUGAGAAACUACAACAGUGAUAACGUAUACCAAAUGGCGUCUCAGCUGGACUGUGUAACAUGGAAUCAGAUGAACACCCUGGCAUCUUCCAUGAAAAGUGGCCAUACAACCAGCUAUGACAGUGACCCCACAGUCCCACCUCCACCCAUGCUUGUCAGUGCCCAGUACCACAUACACACACAUGGUGUCUUCAGAGGACUACAGGAUGUCAGACGGGUACCUGGCAUUGCUCCUCCAGUUGUGAGGUCUUCAGAGGCCAGUGAGAAGCGUCCAUUUGUAUGUGCUUAUCCUGGCUGCAGCAAGAAAUACUUCAAACUGUCACAUCUGCAGAUGCAUGGCCGCAAACACACAGGAGAGAAGCCGUACCAGUGUGAUUUCACAGACUGUGGCCGCAGAUUCUCUCGCUCAGACCAGUUAAAGAGGCACCAGCGCAGACACACAGGAGUGAAGCCCUUUCAGUGCGAGACGUGUCAGAGAAAGUUUUCACGGUCAGAUCAUCUUAAGACGCACACGCGGACUCAUACAGGUAAAACAAGUGAGAAGCCCUUUACCUGCCGCUGGUCCAACUGUCAGAAGAAGUUUGCCCGCUCUGACGAGCUGGUGCGCCACCACAGCAUGCACCAGAGGAACCUGACCAAGCUGCAGCCUGCCAUCUGAACAGCGAGGAGAGGAGGACGAGGAGCAGGAGGACAAAGAGGAAGGUGACAAUAUGUUGUGCCAGCUAGAGGAGAAAGACGGCUGGAGCCUGGUCAGCGGUUUUGGUGCCUUGUCAGACUCGCUGAAGUGAUGAGCACAGCUGAUGGCUCACUCAAGCCAGACAGACGACGUCAGGAGAACAAACUCACAGAUGAUCCACUAGAUCUUCACAAUGAUGCACCUCGACCUAGCACUGGCUGACAUCAGAACUCAGACGUUGAGAGGGUACAAUACCACAAUAAUUCUGAGCCAAGAAGUUGUUUUUUUUUUUUGUGAGAUGGGAGGAAAAUGUUGAUACACAAUUUUGGAAAUUUUAGUACACUUGCACUGUCUUUUUCUUUUAAUGUUAAAAUUGUGUCACUUCAAAAAUGUGCUGGACCAUUUAAACUGGAUUUAGGAAAUGGACAAAUUGUUACUUUUUGUCCAUUUAACUGAGCACAGAGAAUUUUUUUCAUUGGGGAAUGUGAACAUCUUUAUAUUCUUACAGUAUACAGGACACUCACCAAAUUGCUUUGUAUAUAUUUGUAUUUGCUUACA